CACAUAAAUAAAGCUCAAACAUUUAAUUUCCUUAUAUUAUCUUCUCUAUUUCCUAUCUUCUGGGACCAAGCUUUUCUCCUGUUUUUGUCACUUUCUUCAAACAGAAUUUCUGCUGAGCUUCACCAUAACUUUGAGGGCUGAGCUUCACCAAAACUUUGAGUAAUCAAGUGAUGGAAUCUGUUGGUCAGAAUGAGUUGAAGAAGAUAUUAGCUUCUGAAGGUAUUGAGUUCCUCACAUCUGCUACUGAUGGAAAGGUGCCGUGCAGUGCAGUUGACGGAAAAACAGUCUGUCUCUUCUUCUCAGCUAACUGGUGCAGGCCUUGCAAAUCCUUUAUCCCUAAUCUGGUAAAACUAUACAACUCCCUGAAAAAGAAUGGUGAAAAUCUAGAGAUAGUCUUUGUAUCCUCUGACAGAGAUGAAAAUGCAUACAACGAGCACCUUGAAACAAUGCCCUGGCUUGCAGUUCCAUUCAGUUCAGAUCUCUAUACACGACUAUCAGGCUUAUACAGCAUUAAACAUAUUCCAGCACUGAUUCCGCUGAGUUCAGAAGGAAAUAUAGUUGAAGAUGAUGUUGUUAGCUUGGUUGAAGAUUAUGGUGUUGAUGCAUACCCAUUUACAAGGGAAAGAAGGGAUCAAUUAAGAGUCAUGGAUGAGAGAAAGCGGCGAGGUGGUAGAAUUGAAGAGCUUUUGGCACAUGAUGGGAGGGACUAUAUUAUUACCAGAAAGGGGAGAAAGAUAUUGGUGUCAGAACUUCUUGGUAAAACAAUAGGUUUGUAUUUUGGGGCACAUUGGUGCCCCCCUGCUCGAAAUUUCACCAAACAACUUGUCGAGUCUUACACAGAGCUAGUAACCAUUCUAAACCAACCAUUUGAAGUAAUAUUCAUAUCAACUGAUAGAGAUCAAGAUGAAUUCAUCUGCAGCUUAUCAACAAUGCCAUGGCCUGCCAUUCCGUACGAGGAUAAAACUCGGCAAGACCUAAAAAGGAUAUUCGACAUAAAAGGUAUACCAACUCUUAUACUAAUUGGACCAGACGGGAAAACCAUUAGCAACAAUGGAAGGGCAGUGAUCUCCAUGUAUGGUGCCAUGGCGUUCCCAUUUACAGAACCAAGGAUUGCUGGAAUCGAGGCUUCUUUAAGGAAAGAAGGAGAUAGAUUGCCCCGUAAAGUUCAAGACCCGAAACACGUACAUGAGCUUAAAUUGGACAUGGCAAAGGCUUAUGUUUGUGAUGCUUGCAAAAAGCAAGGAAGGUUCUGGACUUUCUCAUGUGAUGUGUGUGACUAUGAUCUUCAUCCUAGGUGUGUGGAAGAAACAUUUUAGGCUGUAUAUGCAGAAAUUCUCUGCCAAUUAAUCUGAUAUAACACUCCUUAUGGAAAAACUAUUGUAAUUAUAAUAUUGAGGAAAGAAUUUUGAUCGACAUUACAGAUACCA